AGACAAUGUUUGUGUUUGUUGCCUGUUUAAAAGCGUGUGUGAAUAGAGGAGGAGUCAGCAUGUGCCUGGUAGCUCCUUCCUCUGACCUUGGUUACAGAGAGAUGGAGAGAGAAAGGGGACAGAAUGUGUGUGCAUGAGUGUGUGUGUGUGUGAAGCGGUGGAGCUAAUUCCUGCACUGCAGCUGUGUAUAUGACACCAGAGUUAAUGUGGCUCCAACAGCUCUAGAUCCACUUGGGAACUUGCCAGAGAGAAACAGAGCGAGAGAAGAGGAAGGAAAGCAUGUCAGCAGCAUGUGCACGCCACAGAGAAGCAGCACGAUGUCCUGUGUCUGGUGUGUUCUGGAGGUGAGCUGACUCCUGUGUGGGUCUUGUGAGAAGCAGACAUGUGGGACGGACGGUCUGAGACGUGUCAUGCACAUGCCCUGUUCGACGCCUUCGUGCAGGCCGGCACAUGUAGGGAGACACUCAGGGCCUUCCAGGAGCUGUGUGAAGAGCUGAAGCUGCAUCCCGUCGGUCAGCCGCAGUUCUACCAUACCUUGAGGAGCAGACUGCACUACUGGAAGGCCAAAGCACUGUGGGCCAAACUGGACAAAAGAGCCAGCCAGAAAGAGUACAUGAGAGGCCACGCUUGCACCAGCACCACGUGUCUGAUCAUAGGUGCAGGUCCGUGUGGACUGCGGACGGCUAUAGAGCUGGGAUUUUUGGGUGCCAGGGUGGUUCUUGUGGAAAAACGCGAUGCUUUCUCACGGAACAAUGUUCUGCAUCUCUGGCCCUUCACCAUUCAGGACCUCCGUGGUUUGGGGGCCAAAAAGUUCUACGGAAAGUUCUGUGCUGGAGCCAUAGACCAUAUCAGUAUUCGUCAGCUGCAGCUGAUGCUUUUGAAGGUGGCCUUGUUAUUGGGUGUUGAGGUUCACGUAAAUGUGGAGUUCAAACAUCUACUGGAACCUCCAGAGAGCCAGGAGAAACGUGUUGGCUGGCGAGCAGAGGUCCACCCCAGCUCUCAUCCAGUCAGACAGCUGGAGUUUGAUGUGGUUAUUGGGGCAGACGGCAGAAGAAAUACUUUACCAGGGUUUCGCAGGAAGGAGUUUCGGGGGAAACUGGCUAUUGCCGUGACAGCGAAUUUCAUCAAUCGCAACACCACCGCCGAGGCUAAAGUGGAGGAGAUCAGUGGUGUUGCCUUCAUCUUCAACCAGAGGUUUUUCCAGGACCUCCGGCAAGCUACCGGAAUUGAUCUUGAGAACAUAGUAUAUUACAAAGACGACACUCACUACUUUGUAAUGACCGCCAAAAAACAAAGCCUUCUGGACAAAGGAGUCAUUCUGCACGAUUAUGCUGACACUGAGAUGCUGCUGUCCAGGAAUAACGUGGACCAGAAUGCACUGCUCUCGUACGCUCGUGAAGCAGCCGAUUUCUCCACCAAUCAUCAGCUUCCUACACUGGACUUUGCCAUCAACCACUAUGGGCAGCCAGAUGUGGCCAUGUUUGACUUUACUUGCAUGUACGCCUCUGAGAACGCAGCACUGGUGCGUCAGCGCAGGGGACACCCUCUGCUGGUCGCUCUGGUGGGGGAUAGUUUACUAGAGCCAUUCUGGCCAAUGGGAACAGGAAUUGCUCGGGGCUUCCUGGCAGCCAUGGACACGGCCUGGAUGGUCCGCAGCUGGGGUCAGGGCAACACCCCUUUAGAGGUUCUGGCUGAGAGAGAGAGCGUAUUUCGGUUGCUUCCUCAGACAACACCAGAAAAUGUCAAUAAAAACUACAGCCAGUACAGCGUGGAUCCUGCUAGCCGCUAUCCCAACAUCAAUGUGCAACUCAUCAGCGCUGCUCAGGUGCGUCAUCUCAUAGACACAGGUGAGGGUCCGGUUUUGCACCUUGAUGCAGUUAGCUCCCCACACCCAAGACUUACACGGCAAGAGUCAAUGGCUCGUUACAGUAAGCUGCUGACCUGGUGUCAGGAGCAGACGCACGGUUACAUGAAUGUGUGUGUGACGGACUUCACAACUUCCUGGAGGAGCGGCCUGGCCCUGUGUGCUCUCAUUCACAGAUUCAGGCCUGACCUCAUUGAUUUUGCGUCUCUGGAGGAGAGUGAGGCGGUGCUCAAUGGUCAGUUGGGUUUGAACAUGGCGGAGCAGGAAUUUGGUAUUUGUCCUAUAAUGACCGGCAAGGAGAUGAGCGCACUGGAAGAGAGUGACUCUCUCUGCAUGGUCAUGUACCUUAGUCAACUACAUGAGCUUCUCAAAGACACAACGCCACCUAGUGAAAAUCAAAGUUCAGAAGAGAGAGCUGCUCUGUUCUCCAGCACCAGGUCACCCAUCUCACUGCUCAGCAAACUGGGACAGAGUCUGUCCCGCAAACGCAAUCCCAAGGAUAAGAAAGAGAAAGAAGCAGAUAGUGUUGGAAAGCGGAGGAGAACAAGCCAGGCUGGCCAGUCAGAGGAGGAGGACGUUCCUGAUGAUACCAAAGAAAAUAUGACUUCAGCAGUAACUUCCGGGUCAGAACUGAAGGUCACUGAGGGUCACAGCAAGGUUCGGUCCAUGGCAACACUACUGUUGGCUAAAUUUGAGGAGAACGCAACAUCGGCCUCAGCCACUGCACUGCGCAGACAGAGCUACAUUCAGAUGUAUACGGGCGGAGUGAGCUCAUUGGCUCAGCAGAUAGCCAAUCAGAUUCAGAGUCAGCAGGAUCAAGCUCCCAAGCUCCUUCACAGGGGGGAGUUGAGUUCUCAAAAGGAGUUUUCUGUGAAUAUGGGCGGCAGUGAUGUGUGUUACUUCUGCGGCCGUCGCGUUUAUGUCAUGGAGAGGCUGAGCGCGGAGGGAAAGUUCUUCCACAGGAGCUGCUUCCAGUGUGACCACUGCAGCUCCACGUUACGCCUUUCCAGCUACGCUUAUGACCAACUACAUGGGAAGUUUUACUGUAAGCAACACUUCAGCUUCAGAAUGGCCAGCGUGGCUCAGAGAAAGAGAUCGGCCCCAUCUGUGGCCCCUCGGCCUGCUCAGGCUCCCCCUGCUCCAUCCUCAACUUCUACAUCUUUGUCCUCUCCUGGGUCAGUGGGCACAGCCACUCCACCAGACCUCUGGUCCUCCAGCACCCACCCAGACAUGGCAUCCAGCCUGGCCAAGAGACUGUGUGGUACGCCAGAGCGCAUUGAGCUGGAGAACUACAAACCCUGCCCACAGCAACAGGACAGCCCACUGCUGGAGGUUCCAGAGGAGACGCUCGCGCAGCACAACCUCAGUGCUAGCCUGCAGGAGAAAAACACAGAGGAGCAGUCCAGUAGCUCUGAGUCAGACCUAGAGGAGGAGGAGAUUGCCUGGAAGAAGGGGGAGGGGUUGCACUCCAAGACCAAUGGAGAGAGAGAGUUAGAUCUGGGGGAGGGGCUAAAGGAGGAAGAGGGAGGAGAGAACCAGGAAAAACAAGAGGAGGAGGAGGCUGAGGAUGAGGAGGAGGAAGAAGGAGAAGUUUCAGAAGAAGAACAGGACGAGGGAGAGUCUAGUGAUGAGGGUGAGUACUGCCCUUGGGAGAAGGAACGGCUCUCGGGGGUGUGGCUUGAGGAAGAGGAGGCGGGGUUUGUUAAAGAGUCCAGUGAAGUGUACAGUGACAACCAAGAUAUAGAUGCCAGCUCAGUCAGAGACUCCAAACCAUGUGACCAACAAGAACAGGAAGAGUCCAUUCCAUUCCACCAAUCACCUGCCUCUACAGAGUCCCCACCCUCCUUGAAACAACCAGAAUCAGGCCCCACACCCACACUAGAGCUGUUGACGAACCCCGAGAUCCCACCUGCCAAGAGGUCAGAGGUCGUAGAGGAGUUCUGGCUGAAGAGUGCCGAGAUCAGGAAGAGUUUAGGCCUGGCUCCGCUGCCUAGAGAAUUCCAGCCCAAACAUAUGGCAGCCCAAACAUCUAAUGCUAAAGAAAGCUUUUACACCUCAGUCGCAUACGUAUCGUCCUGCAAUACCACUGUUUUGGAUUCUGCCAACCAAAUGGCAAGAAACUGUGACUCCAGCACACAAACUCCCUCUCAAAGUACAUCCCCACCUGGACCAUCUCACACUAUGGAUGGCGAUGCAGGUGUCACUUUAGAAGAAGCGAUAGGCCGCUGUUCUGUAAUCCACAGACUCAGCAUCACUGUAGAAGGUUGUGUGAUGGUGGACAAGCAGGGUUUGGACCCUAAUUCCACUUCAUUUGGUAAUGAAAGUUUUUUGAAUUCAGACGCAGGUCUUCCGACCCCUCCCUACAGCCCAUCUCACUCUCCUCUUGUCGGAAAGCAGUGUCACGCCCUUCGCAAUUCCGAACCCAUAUUGAACCGAGAGGUUAUGGAAUUCACAUCUACCUACACUGCGCAUGUUCUGGAGCAGGACAGUUUUAAACCAGAACUCACUCAAGCUCAGAGCCUUCCUCCGGAUGAAAUUGAGAUCCUGUGCGGGGAUGAGGCAGAAGAAGCUUCCAGACUGCCAGAAAGAUCUGCCGUUGUAGAGGCCGGUGACGCGGACAGCCAGACGGACAACCGUAGGCUAGAGCACAGGAGGACACUCCCAGACCGGUUGGUCCCCCCACUGCUGGCAGGGGGACCUGAGGUCAGGCUUCGUAGGUCAGAGAUAAAGCUGUGGGGGGCGGACUCGGGUGUGGAGGAGAAGGAGAAAAAGCGCAACUCGUUGUUUUCGCCCCGUAAAGGCAGGAAGAGCAACAAUGCAGCAGCUGAGACCCAGCGGGAGCCAGGGAAGAACAAGUCCCUCUGGAAGACCGUUUUUUCGGUGUAUAAGAAGGACAAAAAGAGGAAGGAGGCAGCGGUGGUGGCGGAAACUCUACCUGCCGCAGCUAACGUUGAGAGCAAGCGGAAAGUGCAGAGCAUCAACAGAACCACAGACCUGUGUUUCCGGAAGAAUCCAAGUUUUUCUGAAGACACAGACUUGUCCUGCCAUGCUCUUCUGGAAAGAUGUCCUCUCAGAGUUCAGCUGGGGGAGGAAUUGUCUGACAUCAAGUCAGACCUUCUGAAAGAAACAAUAUAUGAAGACGUGCAUGAAGGGGAAGAGUCGCUUUACGUGCCUCAUGCAUUGGCGUUCAAGAGGGCGUACGCUGUUAAGAAACAAAGUGUUAUUCCUGAGCGGCCAACCAAGGCGGCCACCCCAGUGUCAUCAUGUCCGUCAGAGGUGGUAGGUGUUUGGGUGGUGUUCCCGGACCCCUCCAGCAUAAGUUUGUGUACCACGCUGUUUCAGAGAGCAGGAACGGAGGAGGAACUCAAUGCAAAGCUGACUCGCCGGGUGCAGAGAGCAGCGCGCAGACAGGCCAAGCAGGAGGAGCUGCGGAGGCUGCACAGGGCACAGAUUAUCCAGCGUCAGUUGGAGCAGGUGGAGGUAAAGCAGAGACAGCUAGAGGAGAAGGGUGUGGCUGUGGAGAAGGCCCUCAGAGGCGAAGCAGACUUCUGGGAAGACUCUAGUACCUCUGACCUCUUGGAUGUACAUCUGGGUGUCGAGCCUUUUCUAGGUUCUCCUCGUAGAAGGCCUGUCUAUCUCUGUCCUUGCUGUUCCUCCGAAGCCAAAGCUAAAGGGACAGAACACGAUCAUUCAGUUUAUGUCUGUACAGUGUUUUUUCUUUAUGUAGUGCAAGAGCCUCCACUUCACCAGCUAAGAAUGGGGAAGAAAGAUGAUCCUAGUUUAAUGCAUCAGUGGUUUAAGCUGGUGCAGGAGAAGAAUGCUCUCGUGCGCUAUGAAUCUGAGCUCAUGAUAUUUGCACGUGAACUGGAGCUGGAGGACAGGCAGAGCCGUCUGCAGCAGGAGCUGAGAGAGCGCAUGGCCGUGGACGACCAUCUGAAGGGAGAGGACGAGCUGGCGGAGGAGAGGCGUAUUUUGAGCGAGAUGCUGGAUGUGGUGGAGCAGAGGGAUGCGCUGGUGGCCUUGCUGGAGGAGCAGCGAGUCAGGGAAAAAGAGGAGGAUAGUGACCUGGAGGCCGUCAUGCUGUCUAAGGGCUUCAGUUUGCACUGGGACUGACUCGAACAUGCACGAAUCUCAUCGCUUGAAGGGCUACUCUGUCCCUGUUUGUGCUACAAAAAUAUGCAGCUGCUCUGUUUUCAUUGGUCCAAACAGGCCCGUCCACCUGCAUUCUGGGCCGAAUGUGCAACUACAUGGGUGUCUAAAUAAUGAAUACCCGCAAGAUAUUGGCCCAUAAGUGAUUCUUAGUUAUCUGAGGUGCAAAAUAAAGCCCCCUGAUUAGGAUGAGUGGCAAUGUCUUGCUGCCAAAUAAUGCCCCUGCUAUGCUACUAUGCAAAGGAACAUCUUUUUGUUUUCUUAUUUCAAUCAGCUGGAUAAAGUGAAGGUACAGUUGUAAUUUUUACACACAUCCAACAUGUUUUGACUUGACAGAAAUGAAUAUGAAAUGGCAUAUAUAACCACAUUGUCAUUGUGCAGUACAGACUGACGCAUGCAAACUUAGAUACACAAGAUAAGGCCUGACUUAAUGUAUGAUUUGGAUGUUUUUCUUUUCUUUUUUAUCUAGUUUACAACUGUUCCUGUUGUUUAACCUGCAUAAGCUAAACUCACACACAUUGUCAAUUCUCAGUAUAAAGACUAUAUAUUAUAUAUACAUUAAUUUAUUGGCUGAAAUGUUUUUUUUUUUUUAAUUAUCUUGAUUUUUUCAGAAUAACAGCAUUUUACAUUUUGCUGUUGUUAUAUUUCAUUCUGUAACACUUCCUUGCAUUAAACAACUAUUACAUUUUCA